UAAUUUUCAAGGGUUCUUUAGUUCCUAAGACUGUGGAGGAGGAGAUCAAGUGACAGAUGAUGAUGAUUAUGAUGGGUAUUAGCUGUAAUCGUCUGUCUGUUACUUAUUAAAUCUUCCUGAAGGUUUAUCUCUUUGAAGAUUUAGUCUUGGGCUUGUUUUGUUUUGGUUUGGUUUGGUUUGGUUUAUAUAUUGGAAAGAAUAAGAGAGAGGGGUUGAUGGGUUUUGUUUGAUUUUAGGUUAUUUUACGUGUUAAUUGUUGGAUGGUAGUAAUAGAGAGAUAGCAAUCGAAAGAGACGAUGAGGAAGUCAUUCAAAGACUCUCUUAAGGCACUUGAAGCUGAUAUUCAGCUUGCCAAUACCCUGGCUUCUGAUUAUCCAAGGGAAUAUGAUGGUGCUUGUUUGCAAAUGAGAUUAUCAUACAGUCCUUGUGCUCAUUUCUUCCUUUUUCUUGUUCAAUGGACUGAUUGUCAUCUUGCUGGAGCCCUUGGACUCAUUAGAAUCCUCAUCUACAAAGCUUAUGAAGAUGGGAAAACAACUAUGUUUAUUUAUGAACGUAAAUCUACUCUUAGAGACUUCUAUGGCAUAAUAUUUCCUUCUCUGUUACAACUUCAAGGAGGAAUUACUGAAAUUGAAGAUAGGAAACAGAGAGAGGUCUGUGAUUUAAAAUAUAGAAGGAGAGAUUCGACAACGAUGGAGAAGGGUAAGUCUUCUGAAAUCGAGAUUGAAAGAGAAGAAGAGUGUGGGAUUUGUUUUGAGAUUAGUUGUAAGGUUGUCUUGCCCAAAUGCAACCAUUCAAUGUGCUUCAAAUGUUACAGAAAUUGGCGAACACGGUCUCAGUCUUGCCCGUUUUGUCGCGACAGUCUCAAGCGGUUGAAUUCUGGGGACCUUUGGAUCUACACUAACAGUUGCGAGAUUCCAGAUUUAUGUUCGAUUGCUAAGGAGAAUCUGAAGAGGCUGGUUCUGUAUGUCGAGCAAUUGCCACUUAUAAUUCCUGAUCCAGUGUUUGUCUCCUAUGAUUCUCAAAGGAGAUUUAUUAGCAAUGCUUCUUGAUGGAUUAUUUGUUUGAUUAGUGACAUGUUUGUACAUAAAUGUGCUUCCCAUUUGUUGGUUGGUUGAUUAAAAUGUACAUGGUAAUGUUACUA